UACUGCAACCUUACCCUUUCCAUGUGAUUUAAAAUAUUAUUAAGGGUGUAUAAAUAUAAAAUAGAUGCUGGUGCAACAAUAUUUACUGGUCUCACAGGCCUGAUUAACACUAAUCUUACACUACUUUUGCUAGAUUAACAAUAUGUAGUUUAAGAUUAGUGGUAAUCAGGGUCUGUGAAACUGGCAUCUAUGUGGAAACAAAAUAAAUGUAUCUUUAAUGUAUGUUUCACAUAUUUAAAAUUAGAGUUUACUAUUUGUAUUGUGCAGUCAUAUUUAAAAUGCGUGGCCCAUAUACACUGCAUUAUAUAUUACAAAAUAAUAAUGUUAACAACAUAUUGAAAAAUAUAUUUACAUGCAAUUUUAUUUUUGUAUUUCUGUGUUUUAUUGAGCGAUAGAGAGAUGGAUAAAAAGAAAAGCCUGGGGAAAGAGAAUAGAACCUCAUUGAAAAGAGCAAUCACUACUCCGCUGUCCAGAAGCAGCAACAUUGCAAACAUGUCAACCACAUCAUCAUUCGCAAGUCCUGUAGUCUCUAAAAGUUCAAAGAAAAACAGGCUUCUGGUUGGAAGUGGACCCAGCAGCCCUGUGGUUUCGGCAUGUACGGCCACACCAAGGCAGUUGUCUAGUACACCUCUGUCAAGCACCAGAGCUGUGAUGGGUUUGAAUUCCAGCCACGUUCUUGAGGAUUCAGGGUUUGCUGAGUGGUACCAUACCCCAGAGUCGGCACAUCUCCAAAAUGAGAAAAGGAAGGUAUUGGAAAACAACAACAACAACAACUCAGAAAAUAAAUGUUUGGAGUACCGAUGCUUUUCUGCUGAUGUAGGUGAAGAUGAUUGGGAUUCUAAUGAGUCACCAGCACCAACAGGAGGCAACAGUAAUAUCCAUGAUCGUCUUGCCAAGAUGGAAUCCCUGCCUGAUCAUUUUAAAAGACAUUUCAUGGAACAAGAAAAGAUUGGGGAUGGAGCAUAUGGUGUUGUCUAUAAAGCAAGAAGCAAACUGAAUGGACGAAUAUAUGCCAUUAAGCAAUCUACAUUAAAAUGCGCUGAUGAUGUCACAGUUGCUGUGAGAGAAGUUCUUGCACUGGACAAAUUCAGGCACCCCAAUAUCAUCCAGGCUACAUUCUAUUGGAGAGAAGAAAAUUACAAGAAACAGACUGUCAUUUUCAUUCAGAUGGAGCUCUGUGAAAGCAGCCUGGCCCAUUGUCUUGCUCUAGACUUAGAACAUAGAAAGAAACUCCAGAUCGUCUUAGAGAUCGCCUCUGCCGUCGCAUAUAUGCAUCAGAACUAUUACAUGCACCGGGACCUCAAGCCUGAAAACAUACUGAUUAGCCAAGCAGUGAAAAUCCAACUCAUUGACUUUGGUCUGGUCAAAAACUUAAGUGAAGAGAACCUCACCCCAGAUGUAGGGACUGUUGAGUACAUGGCACCGGAGCAGAAAGGAAAUGUAUACACACACAAGGUGGACAUCUUCGCCAUGGGCCUCAUCAUGUUUGAAAUAUUUUACCCAAUGACAACCGUUGCUGAAAAGGUUGAUGUAUUCAGUGACUUGAAGGGAGGAGUGUUCCCUAAUGGUUUUAAAGGAGAGUUCCCGGACAUUGCACGCUUGAUUGGUUGGAUGCUGUCCGAGAACCCUUCCCAUCGUCCAGAAGCAGAAAAAAUCGUCCAGGCCAUUACGAAACUGUACAAUGGAGUGACACUAAUGGAGAUCAACUGAAAAGGCUGGGAUACACUUAAAAUGAACUACUUUAUAUACCAUAUGAUACUGUGUAAUAUGGCUGUGGCAUUACCAUUUAUACAUUUGCUAUGUUCUUCUGGUUUUCAAGAAAGCCCACAGAAAACAGCAAUUUGCACAAGUUGAAUUUCUUAAUUAUGUGCAAUGAGUCACUGAACCUUGAAUAAAGAUUAUUGGUUUUAUAACUAA